GAAAUACCACAAGCGGACGCACAGUCGUGUUUUUGCGUUUGCUCGCGCUUGGUGGAGCAAAUUUAACACACACACCACCACCGCAAGCUUCCCUGCGCAUUGCAGGAUCAGGAAAGUGUUUCGCCCUGAGGGAAACUGACGGUAACGGAACAAUUGUUGUUUAGCAGCAAACGGAGCAAUUGAUUGGAUUUUACAAAACGCACCCCUCCUCUGUCUGUCUAUACAAGGAUUCCGGGUUUUUUAACGUGCGCUCCGUUUGUAUGUGUGCGUGUAUGUAUAGUGUUGGUGCUGCAAGUUCGUUCUAGAUGCGUUCGUGGUGAGAGUGUGUGCGUGUGUGGGUGUGUGAACGUCCUUUUUCGGUGGAAUGCAACCUAGGGCAGAGCGUCCGUAAAGCUUCAUCCCGUACGCGCGUGUGUGUGGUUGUGUGCGGGUGUGUGAUAUGGUUGUGUUUUUCCAUUCCUUUCCCACCUACGCUGCACCGUGCUAGGCUGCAAAGGGUUUGGAAAGGGGCAAAACAGUGGCAGUGGAAACGACGCAGUAAGAGUGGGAAGAGCGCGGGGAGUGCUCGGAGGUUAAGCUCACUCGGCUGCACGCUCCGGGCUUCCUUCCUAGAUCCGGAAGCGAGAAGUCUCCCUUUGGUGUACAGGGCAGCUCUAGAACCGAAGGAGGUUUACAACAAAAAACACUCACACACACACACACACCCGUAUAUCCUCUACAUCCACCUACGGGGUGGCCCCGUGGAUGCAGUAUUGUUGUUGCCAUUGCUGUUAUUGUGUCGUUGUGUUUGAAGAACGUCCUGUUAGUGUGCGCGCGUGUGUAUGUGUGUGUUUGUGCCUAUGUGAAUUUCGAAGGAAAAAAGGUUAAGCAGGCGUUGAGAAGGAAAAUCCCCAAAUCGUGUCUAUUUCAUCCCAAUCCCAAAGUGAAUGUGUGUUGCGUUGCAUGUAGAAAUUGUUCCGAAAUUGUUCCGAAAAAAUUGCAAAGUUUUGGUCUGUGUGUGCGUGUGUGGGUUCGUCGUCGUACAACAUCAUUUCCAUCAGCCAUCAGCCCCGUAGCACAAGCCAUGAGAGGCGGAGCAGGCCGUUGUCAAUCAGCACAGGUCGAGAGCGGACGAGCAGCACCACGGGCGAGCUGAGAAAGGAUCAUAUUGCACGGCCGUCGCCAUCAUCCGGUUCCGUCAAUCCAGAUGAUACGAUGGAAGAGUAUUGCGAGAAAGAGAGAGAUAGAGAGAGAGCAACAGUAGUAGGCCAAAUACAAUCGAGAAGGAAAAAAGGACAAACAUCAAACAAGCAGCGAAAAUCACACAGAAGCAUCAGCACAAUACAUACGGACAGCAACCGGCUAGAAAGGAUGGUAAUGGGUGGCCCUGCAACGUAAGCUUGCCAAAGUGACCUCCCAACGGACAUCAUCGAAACCGUUUGAGCAAGGAACCAACCAAUCAACCCACAGAGUAACGGCCACGGGCCGACAUUCAAGCGUCUGAUCAAAUGUACAGCAGAAGGCGGCAGAACCUACCCACGUCUAAGCCUUGGCGACACUCACACACACGGUGGGCUCCAAAGGCAUUAGGGUUGAGCCCACUUAAUUAAGAACGUAGAAUAGAGCAGCCGAGCAACAGCAUUCCUUCAAUCGCGCCGAUGCAUCGGCACCGAUGUGUGGUUGAUGUGGUUCAAAGUCGAAGGAAGUUUACAUCUGUGAUAUCUGUGUGAAAUGUUCAAAGUGCGUUUAUCAACAACACGUGUGUGCGGUUGCGGAAACGACGAUAUGAUGCCAUCCCGUUCGCGGAAGGCGAAUGAAUUGAUCAAAUGUCACACAGAAUUAGAAGGUUUCCCAUUUUAAUGUGUCCAGUUCCGUCGAGCGCUGGUCGGAGAGCGUACGUUGCGUAGAGAAGACCAGAUUUAGAGCAGGUUAGAGCUAAGCAAGAAGGAGCGGAAACCUUUUACAUCCUCCAAGAGGAAAUGGUGCGCGCUAAAGUUUGAAGUUUUAAACAAUGUUACUGCAGUUAUAACUACUUAAACGUCUAUCUUGUUAUUUGCGUCCAUAAAAAGAAGUGUCCAACAAACACACAACGCGUCCGUAUUGGUAGUAAAGACAGCAAGCUAUAGAGAUUAGAGAGUGGUAGAAAAGGGAUAUCAUUUUCCUUCCUGUGUGGCUACCGGUGCGCGAUCGUUGCGCCCGGUAGUUGACCCGCGGAAAAACCCCGUUCGCUAUGCCCGAUGAAGCGGCGUACCAGGUGUUCAACUAUGUGGCGGACUGCUUCAUCCACGUGCCGGUGGUGGGCCGCGCCGGCGGCGAGGACGAUACGUGCGAGCGUGUCUGCCGGGCGGUCUGCGAGCAGCUCAAGAUAAAGCCGGUCGUGUUUGCGCUGGUCGGGUUGCGGCUGCACGACGAGAAAUGGUUCCUGGCCGGCGGGAGCCGUCCGUCCACGGACAAGAAGUACGACUUUCGGUUGCGGUUCAAGGUCCCGGACCUGUCCUGCCUGAAAGCGCUCGACCAGGAGCUGUUCAACUACUACUACAGCCAGCUCCGGUACGAUCUGCUGCACAACCGCAUCCCGGAGAUCGACUACCGGAAGUACAAGAACAAAAUACUCGGCUACGUCGUGAACGACAUGUACCGGAAGAUGAUCGAGGACAAGGUUGGGCUGAGCGAGCUGAAGCGUGACUUUGAGAAGUACAUCCCGCGCAAGAUUAGCCGCGAGCAUUCGGUGUGCUUCGUGAACGUGGCCCAGAAGCGGAUAUUCGAAUCGCUCAACUCGAUCCAGAACCGAGAUCACGAUGUGAACUACGUGAAGAACGUUUACAUCAACGAUAUCGACAACAUCGCGCCGGGCUAUCUGUACGAGGAGUACGCCGCCGAAAUACAGUACCCGCGGGGGGAGUUCAGCUCGCGCACCGGCAAAUGUCCGGUGAAGCUACGGUUUCAGCCCUACGGUACGGCGGUAUCGAGCCGCGAAACGACCAAGUACGGCUCGACGGGCGGCGGGCUGGAGCGUACGCUAGACCACGAGGAUGCGACCACGACGCCCGGCCUGAAGGUGUUUUAUGCCAGCAAGUGGCAACACGUGACGAAUAUCGACGAAAUACUCACCAUACUGGUGGAGAAGCUGACGGUGAAACUCGCGCUGGAAGACCAGUCGGAGCCAUACUGUAUAGACUUUCAUGAUCAGACUGAACUGAACUCGUUCGUAACCUGCCUAGCCGGUUACUAUAGGUUAAUGUGCAAAUGGACCGUGUAUCUGUGCCAGGACUACCUUUCCUCGCCGAUGCUAAACUUGCUGAAAGAGCUCAAGUGCCACGGUCCCAUCGGCGGAAAGUACUCCACCGACAAAAUUCGGGAAAAGAACAGCAGCUGCGGUGCGUGCAUUAUACGCCAGUGCGAGGAGCAGUACGAUACCUACUAUGUCGAUAUGCUAGAAACCGAUGGACUGAUAAAAACGUACAAGCUUAUCCACGCCGAAGAUCAGUGGCACGUGCAGCGCGACAAGGAGGAAGAGGAGGCACUGCACCGGUACAACCAGCUGACGGAGGCGCUGAAGAGCCUCAACCCGGAGAUAACGAGCGUGUACCGGUUGCCGCCAUCGGACAACGAUACCGCCCCGAACCUGCUGCUCUGCCGGCCGACGCACAAAGCCUCCCCGAAGCGGCUGCUGCGCGGCGGCACGCAGGAACUGGGCCAGAAGCGGGCCUGCAUUAUCAAUGCCGCCAAGGAGCUGGUUAUCAAUCGAAAUGCGGUGGAAGAUGAAAGCGACGGUUACACGAAGCGAACGCGGGCCGACUUUCUGCUGCCGAACAACAGCAAGAUGGAGGUUACGCUCAAGCUGCUCAAGAACGAGAAGGAGGGAGAGUAUUUGAAGGACUUUCUGCAGGUUGCGGGCCAGUGGGCAACGAUCGAUUCGAUCGAUAUCAUCAAGCUGUACGGUAUGACCGUUUGCAAACCGAUCACGAUGGUGCUCGAAUUCCCCCGGUACGGUCGGCUGGAUGAGUUUCUGCGGACGCGGCGCACCUCGGUACGGCCGACCGCACUGAUCGAGAUCGGCCAUUCGCUGGCCCGGGCCCUGUACUACCUGCAGAAGCACGGCAUCAUCCACGGCCACAUCCGGUGCUCGUCCAUGCUCGUCACGCAGUACGACGAGGGCGAGCAGCGCGUGCUGGCUAAGCUGGGCGAUCCGGGGAUGCACGGGCAGCGCCGGCUAACCAAGCACGAUCUGCUCUGGAUACCGUACGAGUAUCAGGAUCUGACCGAGCAGAGCGUGGCCCGGCUGCGGACGGAUCCGGCCACCGAUGCGUGGGCCUGCACCUCGACGCUGUGGGAAAUCUUUAGCCGCGGCAUCAAGAUGCACGUGUACAAGCCGGCCGAGUUUCUGCCCACGCGCAAAUGGCUGCAGACGAUGCCGCCCGAGCUGAAGGACUCGAAGCAGAUCUACGAGUGUCUGAGCUGCGGCUGGCACGCCGAUCCGGACAAGCGGCUCGCACCGCAGACGGUCGUGGGGCUGCUGGUGCAUGCGCGUCAAUUAGACGGUAGCUACUGCACGGUGGGCAAUGGACAUGUGAACGGUCACUCGACAAGCAACAUGCUGAAUGGGUCUGUCUUCAAAAACAGUAUCCUGUCAAUGGAAACCAACUCCACCUUGAUUCGGUCUCGUACCGACUGCACCUCCUCGUCCUACGUGAGCAACGGAAGCGACAGUGAGCUGCGCAGCAAUGCCUCGAGCGGCAGCAGCUCGCUUCCGCUGCUCUCGAACUCGAUCAACCGUUUCAGCGGCGAUUCGUACUACGAGAAAACGUUCGUCAACUGCUCGGACUACAUUCAGCUGAGCGGCAGUGAGCGCAUCUUCUUCCACAACAUGCUCGGGGAGGGCAAUUAUGGGCGCGUGUACCGGGGUACGCUCGAGCGGGACAACCAGGCGCCGCGCGACGUCGCGCUCAAAACGAUCUACGACGAUCGGCCCGACCUGGGCCGGGUGAAGGACGACUUUCGGCGCGAGGUCGAUAUAAUGAAAAACCUGCGCCACACCAACAUCGUCGAGUUUAUCUGCUUCAUCGAGGAGCUGGACAAGCUGGUGGUGGUGAUGGAGUACGUGCCGCUGGGAUCGCUGCUGGCGUACCUCGGCUACAUGCGGUACGAGCUGAAGGAGCUGGACCUGCUGUGGAUGGCGCGCGAUAUAGCAAAUGGCAUGAAUUAUCUGUGCGAGAAGAACAUCGUGCAUCGCGACCUGGCCGCCCGCAACAUCCUGGUGGAGAGCAAAAAGUGCGUCAAAAUCUCCGACUUUGGGCUGGCGCAGGUAACCGAGGGCAGCAAUUACUACGUGGCGCGGCACAGCCGCGAGCUGCCGAUCCGCUGGUACGCGCCGGAAACGCUCGAAACGCAAAAGUACUCCUCCCAGUCGGACGUGUGGUCGUUCGGCGUGACGCUGUACGAGAUGUUCACGUACGGUGCGACACCGUACUCGCACGUGGACGUCAAGAGUGCGGCCCAGUUGUAUCAACUGCUGCAACGCGAGACAAAGAUAUUACAGCUUCCGGAGGAUUUUUCUUACGUGUACGAUAAGCUGAUGGCACCGUGCUUUAAGCGGGAUCCGCACGAGCGCAUGACAUUCAGCGAGCUGCUGGAGGAGCUGAACGACAUGAUCAAUCAGUACGGUGAACCGAUCUAUUAGGUUUCGCAGACAGGCGGAUGAGAUGAAUAGAAUCUGUGAAUAAGCGCAAGCGUGUUCUUGUGUGCGCAAGGCAAGCCAUUAUAUUUAAUGUUUGAAGAAAGAGAGAGAGAGAGAGCGAGAGAAGAAAGAGCACAGAAGAUGAAAAAAGUGUUAAGUCUUAGAACUAGCAGGUAAGCGAACCCAGGCACACUGCUACCACGACGGAUGGUGUGUUGGAUCUGUAUUUUAACCUAACUGUGAGACGAUUGCACAGCACUCUGCGCACAGCACACGCCAUAAAAAUGGGCAAGAACAAGUCGCGCCACAUUUCCUUGUGAGCGCAGCAACGGAUGCCGUGAGGAGAAAAAUCGUGUAUUCCAAAGCCUAAACUGAUUGCACGCGCGUUCGCACUAAUGCUAUGGAUAUAACUAUACUCACACACACACAUACCUUCGUCAAUUUUGAUGAUCAUUAGAUACACAGAUGCGCUAUUUGUUGUGAAGAGAAUGUAGGGAAAAAAAUGAAGCAAAACACAUACAUUCGCACUUGCUAAGAAACAAAACAGUAUGGAUAGUGUAUUGGAUGACGUUUUAGCCGUUCCUCUAUGUGCUCUCCCUCCCGUGAUGAAGAAAACAAAGGAUUAAGUGUGAAGGAAAAAAGCUUAAAAGCUAUAAGGAAAGAUAGCGCGUAGAGAGAGAGAGAGAUGAAAAACCCGAUGACCGGUGUACAAGAAAGUAUUGUGUGAACGAAUCUUAAUGGUUGUCCUUUUUACAAAAUACUCGUGUCGUGUCCCGUGUUCUAGCGGAAUCAUAUUAGAAAUAGUCUAUUGGGAAACGUCGUCGUCGUUGGUUGCGCUUUUUAUCAAGCAAAAGUGUGUGUGUAUGUGUACAGUUUAAGAGAGAGAGAGAGAGUGUGUAUGUGUAUGUGUUAAUUAACACUGUGUAAUUAGUCAUACUCGUACAUACUUUUAACUUUACUAACUCGUUAUCACUUUACUCGUAGUGUGGCAAUCAGAAAACACGUGUGUGUGUGUUAGUAGUAUGCCAAUGUGCGCCUAAAAUGGGGGAAUACUAAUAACAAAGAGGGCUCUAUUAAAGGGUUAAAGCUUCCCCCCAAAUCCACACUCACACACAUCCUGUUUAAUGAUGGGAAAGGAACGAUGAAAUGUAUGUGCCGUGAUUAUGUAUACAUAGAUGUGGCUUAUUAGUGAAAUUUGAAACAAAAACUAGAAGAGAAAACGAAGCGAUUAAACACGCAAGAUCUACUAUGUGUGUGUGUUACAACUCUAAAUUAGUUUACAGUGCGCGGGGACCUAACUAGAGCGAAAUAUUAGUAACAGGGUUUUUGGUGUAGCUGGAAGCGCUCGCAGAACUUUAUCUCGAAAUCCUACGAAAGGAUGGGCGAUCGAUACAUUUUCCCACGAAAACGCGGCGAGCCACGUCAUGCUGCAACCGUGAAAAUGAUCUCUUUGAGAAGAAUUUUACUGUGCAAUAGAGAGACGCACACACAGACAGAGUCACACAACUACAUACUCUAUUUAGAACUGUGUUUUCCUACGCAUACAUUAGUUAUGACUAUUUUUAACCACAACCUCUGGUACCAAUUUUCUACACGGAGCCUUUUUCCCCACCCGAAUCUUAAACUAGCAAAAACUAGGGAAACACGGUUGGCGAGGGUGGAUGAUUGAUUUCCCUGGGUGCCGCUCCGAUCUGUUGGGGAAUUGCAAAUUUUAACGUAUGAUAAUAACGAGCGAUAUGAUUGAGAUUAUUAUUCAAGUACAACGACACACACACCCACACAUACACAACACGACCAAAACCUGCGGAUAGAGGAAAUGAAAACGCUUCCCUAAAAAGAAAAAUAUAUAGUUCAAAAAGUUUUUUCCCGACCGGAAUAUGGGGUAACUCGAGCGCCAAACGGUAUGACCGUUGUGUAGUAUGGUAGAAAAAGAAAAUGAUUCACGCCACCCCCCUAUCCCCAUGGAUGGCUUUUCGCGCCUAGAACGACUCUUCAUCUCUGGUGUGUAAUGAUGGAGGGAACUAAAAAAUUCCACCCAUAAAUUCUUUAUUGAAUUCUUGAGAUCUCUCUCGCUAGUAAGAGACCGGUAGCAGUUGCCGAAGAAAGGAAGAAGCUUAGCAAAAGUAAAAGAAACUUAUAUUAAAAGAAAAGGUAACGAAUAAUAAACAUAGAUCAAUUUCUCAAAGUGCCACUUAAAUUUGAAACCCGAAGACAAAGCAGCAAGCAGCAAAACACGCACGCUCACACCCCCCGCACUCACAAACUGCAUAAAUGGGAAAAAGAAGAAGAAAAGAAGAAGAAAGAAACAGAAGAAGAAAAAAGAAGAAGAAGAAGAAGAAUAAAGAAGCAGAAGAAGAAGAAGAAGAAGACGAAGAAGAAGUGGAAGAAGAAGAAGAAGAAGUAGAAACAUUAGCAGCAAAACGUAAAACAACGAUAAAACCCCCCCAAGCAAGAACAAAACUAAAACAAACAAAAACCCAUGACCAUUUUGUGGAAAAUCAGGAGAGAACGAGAAAAAGACACACAAGUAAGCUAAUUAGAGAGCGAGAGAACAAAACUCAAAUGCAAACCGAGUAGAGAAUUGAAUAGAAAAUAGUUAAAAAAAGAAGUGUAUAUCCACAGGCGCUUUUAAAGCACUGCUUUGCAAAAUGAAUUUAGCACUCGGUGGUUUCACAUAAAAAAGCAGUUUUACCAAUUAGAUGGAUCGAUGGAAGAAAGCGUUAAAUAGCAGAUUAAAUAGAAGAAGGAACACGAAGAAGAAAAGCUUAAGGAUUUGAAGGAAGACGACGGAAGCGGAAACUUACAUAGUGUAUUCACACACACACACACGUGGACUCAAAACAUUGACCAAGGCAAGGCACUUUACUUAAGAAAAACAUAGAAGCGCUGCCUCUACCCUGUUGUGCUGUAUUCAAAGAUGUAGAACAAAAAACUAUUCCAAAACACACACACAUACAACAAGUUUGUUGGAUUAGAAUUUUAUUAACGAUUGAAGAAGGUUGCUUACAAGAAAAUAGAGUGAGCGUGUCAAACAAGGUUUCUCCCAAACACACACACACAAAAUGUGUAUGUGCAUAAUAAGAAGAAGGACGAUAUUCAGUAGAUAGAGCAGAAGAGAGUGAAAGCUAUGUUUAUGUUUUCUAUAUAUAUAUUGCUUUUACAGGGUUUUUCAUGGGUUCUCAUAGUUGUGGGACGCUUCCUUGACUCUUUCUGAUUGGAAAUGAACUUUACAUGUUGGAAAAUUGGACUUGGAGUGGUACCUUGUUUGGACAGGCUCUUUGGAAUAUCCAAUUGGAUUUGUCCAACUAGUGUGCUAUAGAGUAUAAUUCCCAUUACAUUAAGUUCAUUUCACUUAAGAAAGAGGCAAUGAAAUAUCCCACAGCUAUGAGAACUCCUGAAAAACCUUGUAUCAUCCCGUCAAUAACACACCCGCACCACCCCCCGCCCUAAACCUAACCCGUUAGAAUUGUGGCGCGCGUCGUGUGUGUGAGAAUGUGGACGGUGUGUGAAUGUGUGCGUGUCCCAAUGCCACCAUCACCACCGUCGCUUUUAGUCAUUUUUAGCUCGUUAAGGAUGCAAAAGCCUGGUGCGGAAGGAAUGUGAUUGCCCCCCCCCCCCUGUAGUAUAUAGUUUAUAUUAUCCCUCCGACCCCUCAUGAUCAUCAUCAUCGGCGGAGGAUCGGUGGCUGAAAGAGAGAUGUAGCUUUAGUGAAACAGAGAUGAAUUCAUAUAAUUAUUUUUCUACACAAACUCAAUGUGUAUAAGAGAGUUAGUUAGUUUAGAGAAGAAAAAAAAAAAGAUUAGAUUUUACGUUUUUUUCCCCAUGUAACCUUGUUGCCUUGUUUUUGCGCUUACAGCAACAGCGCCUUGUGGCUUGUGGGGAUGUUGGUGACACUGUUGUGUUUUCGUUGACGAAUUAUUAGUAGGAAAUGACGAGAAUGUUUCGGAUAGUGUUUAAUGCUACGAAGAUUGCGAAAAGAAAAGGGCCACUGUUUACUUACACUUGCUUCCGAUUUUUUCGUUUGUUUGUGUGCGCCACACUGCUGCAACUGGUUGUGUUUUACACAUAUAUAUUAUAUAUGCGCCUUACGGGAGGAAGGAUGCGCCGCCAAAUCCGGCUUAUACUUAGAUAGCGAUGCGAUGAACGAACGAACAAACGAUCGAACAAAAACUAAAAGAACAAAAUGUUUGUUGACUGUGCGGAUUUGUAGUUUAGUUGUCUCUCACCCCUUAGAAAGCGAAAGACACGUGUGUGUGUGUAGAGCCGUAGAGAGAGAGCUGAGGGAAGAGAAGAACUCUGUUCUGGUUAUAACUUACUUUAAUUAUUUUCGCUUAUACAAAACAAAGGCUCCAUUUUAGUAGUCCCCAUCGCGAGUGGAGUGUGGUGAAUGUGAAAUGGAAUUUAAAAUUCUCAACAUACACACCACAUCCCGUUUUUGUGAGAACCAUUAUGUUGCAAUGUUUAGCAUUAAGAAGAGAGGAACGCUGCUUCAAUUUAUACGCGAACUGAUUUUUGCCUUACGUUUUUUCGUUACACUUUUUGGUGAUAAAUUUUUGAACAUUUAUAUUUUUAGUCUCGCUCUUGUGGGUUACUGAUACUACGAAUGCUGUACAAAAAUGUAUGAUGAAUAUAGAAUUGAUAGAAUUGAUAGAAUUCCAAAAUGCUCCCCGCCCCCCGUAUGUUGUAGAUAAUGUGAAAAACUACUCACCGACAAACACACACACACAUACAGAGAGAGAGGACACAGACAGCAAGUUCCCUUUGAAGAAGAAAAAGAAAAACCUGCCCAAAUAAAACUCGAUGGUACAAUGUUAAUGAAAGCGUCAGAUUUUUAGCAUUAAAAACAAAUGUACACUUGUAUUAACACUUUGAUUAAGGUGAAGGAACGAUAGGGAAAUGAGGCCGUAGAGCAGCUGCACAGCCAGGCAAUAGUACACUGCACGUAUAUAGGGCUAAUGUAUCUAUGUUAAAUGAAUUCCCCGCCUCCUGGCAAAUGACCUUCUGUACGUGGAGGGGGGAAGCCACGAUGUGAUUAUUGUGUGCAACUAGGGAACUCGGACCUGCACUACUCGGACCACGUGUUUCGGGUCGGGUCGGGCCGGGUGUGUGUCUCUAUCAUCCUGACUCUUGCAUUUCUCAUCCCCCACCUGGGGAGGGGAAAGAAUACUUGUUGUGUUAUUAUAUUACGGCUAUAAGUGGAUAAGCAACAACCGGAAAACGAAUAGAUCAAUUCCUGUCCUGUGUAUGUUUUUUUUUCUUCCUACAUUGUAGAUGUAUACUCGUCGUGAUGGGAGUGAAAAAGCUCUAUUAAAUAUUACAACAAAACCCCAAAAAUUGCAGAGAACCAGAGACAAGGGUGGACCCAUUACUCUCGCCAUUAUUACACUUCCUGAAAGUGAAAUGCCCCAAAGUGAGGAAUCAUUAUAGAGAAACACACAACCCCUCCAUACACACACUCGUAAUGGCAAGCAAGAAAAAAAAAACACACUAACAAAUGGUUAUCUUCCUCGUACAAGAGAGAUUGAGUAAAAAAAGUAAAUGUUUAUCGGUGUUCACAGUGAAUAAAACGAACGGGGAGAGCGAAAGGUGAAAAUUGAAAAUGCAAAAUAAAGAAAAAUCGUGCAAUUCAAAUGAA